AUGUCGCCGUUCCAACCUCCAACAUGGGCUCUUCCUACAUUGACAGCCCUCAUUGGUAGUGGCGGCUUCAUUGUAGGCAUCUACAGCUUCUUAUCACCAGUCCAGGCUGCUCGCGUGUAUGGCGUCGACCUUCCAAUGCUAAGCCAGACUGUCCACGAAACCAAGCACAGCACCAAAGAAUCAGUUCUUGCGGAUCAGUCACAGCCAAAUAAUAUCUUGCAUCACGUUGCAUACAUCUACGCCCACGGCAUUCGAAAUUUCUCCACAGGUCUGUCGAUCCUGGGUCUUACAGCAUUCUGGCAGUUCUCACCAUACUGUCGGACGUCGGCGGUUGCAAGUUCAACGGUACAAAAGUCUCUGGGGAUUGUCAUCCUAGCCGGCGCUUUGACGCCCGUUGCGGAUGCUCUCGUCACCGGGCACGUCGCAGGAAAUGGAUCGGAGGCGAACGGUGUCGGUAGGAAAGCCGCCCGUGUACAUGCCUCAAGGGAGUCAACCUUGUGCCUGGAUGGCGUCAACGGGGUGACUCUGGAAGUCGAUGAAUGUUCUCCCAACUCCUUGUGA